AUGGGUAAGAAUACGAUGAUAAGAACAGCACUUCGUUCGCGAUUAAGUGAGAGACCUGAGCUUGAAGCAUUAUUACCUCUUGUAAAAUUAAAUGUGGGGUUUGUCUUCUGUGGAGACGAUCCCACAACGAUCCGGGAUAUCAUUGAUCAACAUCGCGUUCCCGCUCCCGCUAGACAGGGAGUCGUCGCUCCCAUCGAUGUUUAUAUCCCAGCAGGCCCCACAGGCAUGGAUCCCGGUAGUGUUUACUCUUCAUCAGUUUUAGAUAUAACUGAUGAGAAGAUAUUAACAGCAUUUAAAGAAGGCAUCACAAAUGUGGCGGCAUUCUCAAGGUCCCUUGGCUUCCCGACUGCUGCUGCUGCACCCCACAGCAUCAUCGAGGGCUUUCGGUAUUGUGCUGCUCUUUGCUUGGAUACAGACUUUGUGUUUCCUCAGAUGCAGCAGCUUAAACAAAUGGUUGAUAACCCAGAAGCAUUUGCUGCUGCUGCUGCUGCACCUGCAGCAGCUGCUGCUUCAUCAGGAGGAGCUGCUGCUGCUGCUGCACCCGCUAAAGAAGAAGAAGAAGAAGAAGAAGACGGCGACAUGGGCUUCUCUCUCUUCGAUUAA